AUGAGCAAGGCGGGUGACACGAGGCUCCUCCACAGCUACAGGAGGCACUCGGGCCACCGCGAAUUCGUGAUCAGUGCUCCAGUUCUGCUGGCGCCUUCCAGCCUUGCCCAGCCAUCCCAGGAGCACACUGUGUUCCUUUCAAUGAAAACGUGUGGAACAGGAAUUAGUGGUGGGCCCUUGGAAAACCACUACAGACUGAGGCAAUUUCACUUCCACUGGGGAGCAGUGAACGAGGGGGGCUCAGAGCACACAGUGGACGGCCACGUGUACCCCGCAGAGCUGCAUUUAGUUCACUGGAAUUCUGUGAAAUACCAAAAUUACAAGGAAGCUGUCGUGGGAGAGAAUGGUUUGGCUGUGAUAGGCGUGUUUUUAAAGCUCGGGGCCCAUCAUCAGAUGCUGCAGAGGCUGGUGGACAUCUUGCCGGAAAUAAAACAUAAGGACGCGCGGGCGGCCAUGCGCCCCUUCGACCCCUCCACUCUGCUGCCCACCUGCUGGGAUUACUGGACCUAUGUGGGCUCGCUCACCACCCCGCCGCUGACCGAGUCGGUCACCUGGAUCAUCCAGAAGGAGCCCGUUGAAGUGGCCCCAAGCCAACUCUCUGCAUUUCGUACUCUCCUGUUUUCUGCACUUGGUGAGGAGAAGAUGAUGGUGAACAACUAUCGCCCACUUCAACCCCUGAUGAACUGGAAGGUCUGGGGGUCCUUCCAGGCCACUAAUCAGGGCACAAGAUCCUAG